AUGUUGGUUUUUAAGGGGUGGAAAGGGUACGGUUCAUCGUGUUACCUAUUCGAUACUACUAAGCAGGAUUGGGAUACGGCCACUGUCAAGUGCCAACGUGACUUGAAUGCAGACUUAGUUUCAAUAUCAGACAGGUUUGAGCAAGCGUUCCUUACAGACCAACUAUCAACAAUGAAGGGGUUGUACUGGACAGGGCUCAAUGACCGGAGCGCUACCGGAACAUACACCUGGAAUGAUGGUACACCUGUCGCAUACACCAACUGGGAUCAAGGUCAACCGAACAAUGGCGACGGCAAUUGUGUUGCCGUAAAGACCAGCACGCCAACUGGCUUUUGGGACGACCAACCAUGCCAGUCACAAUUUGGUGUGAUAUGUGAGAAAGUACGAGAUGGGUACACAAGGCCCCCUGUCAUGACAACUCAACCCUCAGAUGCAAAUUGCCUAGACGGAUGGGCUGGGUAUGGUUCAAACUGCUACAAGGUGAACUCUGUUGAAAAAGACAAGAUGUUAACUUGGGAGGAAGCAUUAGAAGGCUGUAGACGUCAGGGCGCAGAACUAGCUAGUUUUCACAGUAAUCCAGAAGAGGAGUGGCUAAAAUUAACAAUAACAGCGAACACGACAUACGGUAAUUUCUGGAUUGGACUAAAUGACCGUGACACAGAACAACGUAAACAUAUGUAUACUUAUUUUAAUUAAUUAUAACAAACUAUG